GCCGAGUCAUCGAUAGGAAGACUUCCGUACGGCCGGGGUCGCGUAGGCUGCCAGCUGCCCGCUCGCCGGGUGGGCUCCAGGGGGCGCCCUCGAUAGAGGGGGCGGAGCGUUCGGGGUCGAGAGGCCGCGGCUGGGGACCUUGACCCGGUUACAUCUGAACACCCGCACAGCCACGUAGUCGCCGCUCCAGGGAGGGUCGUCUCCCAUUUCCACCGUCCGGGUCCCCGCCGCCAUGAAGCUGCGGGUGCGGGUUCAGAAGCGAACCUGGCCGGUGGAGGUGCCCGAUGCGGAGCCGACGCUGGGGCAGCUGCGCGCGCACCUGAGCCAGGCCCUGCUGCCCACCUGGGGGUACAGUUCUGAUACCCGAUUUGCAGUUUCAUUGAACAACAAGGAUGCCCUCACUGGAGAUGAAGAGACCUUGGCUUCAUAUGGGAUUGUUUCUGGGGACUUGAUAUGUUUGAUUCUUGAAGAUGCCAUUCCAGCAGCUAACUUGCCUUCAUCCACAGAUUCAGAGAAUUCCUCAGUCCAGAAUAAUGACCACCCCUCUUUGGCCGCCAGCUCCAGUCAGGCCAGCCAGCCCGAUGAACAACUGCGCGAUUCAUUCCAAGAACAGGCAGCUCAGUCUGACGUCUGGCAUGAUGACAGCAUGGCAGGGCCUAGUCAGAAUGUAGAAGCUGAGUCAAUUCCGGAUGUUGCAGAUGUGGAAGAGGGCAUGGGCUUCUGUCCCUCAGAGCCGAUGCUGUGCAGCGAAGCCGUGGAGGGGCAGGUGCCACACUCGCUGGAGGCCCUGCAUCAGUCGGCUGACUGCUCGAACGCCAACGAUGCCUUGAUCGUGUUGCUGCAUCUUCUCAUGUUGGAGUCAGGGUACAUACCUCAGGGGACCGAAGCCAAAGCCCUGUCCAUGCCGGAGCAGUGGAAGGCGAGUGGUGUGUACAAGUUGCGGUACACGCAUCCCCUCUGUGAGGGAGGCUCUGCUGCGCUCACCUGCGUGCCUCUGGGAAACCUCGUCGUCGUGAACGCUACUCUAAAAAUCAACAAUGAGAUUAAAAGUGUGAAAAGAUUGCAGCUCCUGCCAGAAUCUUUUGUUUGCAUAGGAGAACCAGGGGAAAAUGCAGCCAAGAUAUACAGAGAUCUUCCGAAGCUCUCCCGCCUCUUCAAAGACCAGCUGGUGUAUCCUCUUCUGGCUUUUACUCGGCAAGCCCUGAACCUGCCGGACGUGUUUGGGUUGGUGGUCCUCCCGCUGGAGCUGAAACUGCGCAUCUUCCGACUUCUGGAUGUUCGUUCCGUCCUGUCUUUGUCCGCAGUUUGUCACGAUCUCUUCAUUGCUUCAAAUGACCCACUGCUGUGGAGGUGUUUGUAUCUGCGGGACUUCCGAGAUGGUACUGUCAGAAUACGAGAUACAGAUUGGAAAGAACUGUACAGGAAGAAGCACAUUCAAAGGAAAGAAGCCCAGAGAGGGCGGUACGUGAUGUUCCUGCCGUCAUCCCCCCACCCCAUCCCGUUCUACCCCAACCCCUUGCACCCCAGACCCUUUCCUGCCGGCUCCCUUCUUCCUCCGGGGAUCAUCGGUGGUGCAUACGACCAAAGACCAACACUUCCCUACGUUGGAGAUCCCAUCAAUUCACUCAUCCCUGGGCCUGGGGAGACACCUGGCCAGUUCCCUCCACUCAGACCGCGAUUUGAUCCAGUUGGCCCACUUCCGGGACCCAACCCCAUCUUACCAGGGCGAGGUGGCCCCAGUGACAGAUUUCCCUUCAGACCCGGCAGGGGUCGGUCCACUGACAGCCGUCUGCCAUUCAUGUGAUUGCUUUAUAAUCUCACAUGUGGAGCCCGAUUGGUGUUUUGGCUUGUUAGAACGACAGGCGUCAUCUCCUUGGGGUGCUGAUGUCUAGUGGUAGUGUUUGCACUCCCAGAAACCUCUCAGUAGAUGCGUUUCUAGCUCCAGACAUGGCGUGGCCCGCGACUUAUUCUGCAGCAGGGUUGACCUUGGGGAUAGUUGGCUCCUGAGUUCCCUGCUCUGGAUUCUCCAGUAGACUGAGGUUGUAUAUGGAUGAUGUCGUGCACCGGAUUAAAAAGAAAUGUAAACUGCACAA